GACCCGCUGCUGCUGCUGCUGCUGCUGCGCGCCGACGCACUUUCCAUGAGCGGCUGCGGGGAAUCUGUGUCUGUCUCUGCGCGCAUGCAGACGCCUCUCUGAAUGUAACAGACACGCUUGGCUGUUAAACAUCUGAAUGUAACUCCAAAACUACCCGGUGGUGCAAAAACAGAGGAGAAAGUCGCCCCUUGUCUGGAGGAUUUUUCCCAUGCCGACGUCUUCCAGCGGGACUCCACUCACCUGAACAUGUUUGACUUCAUGGAAUUUCAAGUUUUCGGUCCUGGAGAAAUCCUGGACUUCUACUCGACUCCCAGCCCUGCGUGCACGCUGCAGGAGCACGACCAGGACCUGGCAGCUUUCUUCCCGGAGCUCAUCGAGUCGGACUGCCAGGAGCAUCGGUGCUCGCAAUCCGUGGAAAGCCAGAGCUCCAGCUCCAGCUCCAGCUCGGACGACCUGUUCGCCAGCCCCCCCUCCCCUCCUCCGCCUCCACGCACGUACAAGCCCUGUUUUGUGUGUCAAGACAAGUCCUCGGGCUACCACUACGGAGUCAGCGCCUGCGAGGGCUGCAAGGGCUUCUUUCGCCGCAGUGUGCAGAAAAACAUGGUGUACACCUGCCACCGUGACAGAAACUGCAUCAUCAACAAGAUCACCAGGAACCGCUGUCAGUACUGCCGCCUGCAGAGGUGCUUCGCCGUGGGAAUGUCUAAAGAGUCGGUGAGAAACGACCGAAACAAGAGGAAGGGGAAGCAGGAAGCGGUGAAGCUGACCAUCAUGGAGACGUACGAGUUGACGGCGGAGCUCGGCCUGAUCGUGGAGAAGAUCUGCAGGGCUCACAGAGAGACCUUCCCCUCCCUUUGCCAGCUGGGAAAAUACACCACAAACUCCAGUUCAGACCACCGGAUCCAGCUGGACCUCGGCCUGUGGGACAAGUUCAGCGAGCUGGCCACCAAGUGCAUCGUGAAGGUGGUGGAGUUCGCCAAGCGGGUGCCGGGCUUCACGGGCCUGACCAUCGCGGACCAGAUCACCCUGCUGAAAGCCGCCUGCCUCGACAUCCUGAUCCUGAGGAUUUGCACUCGCUACACUCCUGACAAGGACACCAUGACCUUCUCCGACGGGCUCACCCUGACCCGCACACAGAUCCACAACGCAGGCUUUGGGCCGCUUACAGAUCAGGUUUUCACGUUUGCGGGGCAGCUGCUGCCGCUGGAGAUGGACGAGACCGAGAGCGGGCUCCUUAGCGCCAUCUGCCUCGUCUCUGGAGACCGCCAGGACCUGGAGGAGCCGUCCAAGGUGGACGUGCUGCAGGAGCCGCUGCUGGAAGCGCUGAAGAUCUACUCCCGUAAACGGCGGCCCAGCAUGCCCCUCAUGUUCCCCAAGGCCCUCAUGAAGAUCACCGACCUGCGCAGCAUCAGCGCCAAAGGAGCCGAGCGAGUGGUGUCACUGAAGAUGGAGAUCCCGGGCUCCAUGCCUCCGCUGAUCCAGGAGAUGCUGGAGGAUCUGCAGAACCUGGAGACCAGCCAGCACUAAUGUCUUACCUCAGUCCCCGACCGGGAGGUCCGUGAGAUCCGUGAGAGCUCGACCCGCUGACGCGACGCUGCGUUUUUCUAAAGGAGAUCCGGCUGUCACGUUGAAGAGUUCGCCGAUGAAAGAGAACCUUGUUUUUCUGUGAGCUGAAAUCUGAAAUCAUGCCUCGAGGAGGAAAUCAUAGGAUGCAGUAUUAUUUUAAUCUCUAUUUUCUUUUUUCCUUCAACUUGGUUGCAGGCACCUCAUAAACACUGAGACAUCCCUCUCAGCUUUUCUUUCUGCAUCCGGUUUCUACUCUAUUUAUAUUUUCAUGAGUUAUCACAUGGAUUUAUUUUACCUCAUUAAAUAACGCCUUUAGCAGUAGUUAUAGAAGGGAAACACAUGGAAAGGUUUUUUUUUUUUUUUUUGUUUUUAAGAAAAAGCUCAAUUUGUAAAAAUCUUCAUUGACUUUUGUAAGAAGAAAAGGGAAAGUUUUCCGUAAGGGGGAAUGUUGAUGCUGUUUUUGGAUUUUGCAAAGGUCUCAAACUAAUGUAGUUGACGUAUUAGAGGAAACUGAAAAUUUAAGUAACAUAUGAGAACAUAAAACAUAGUAUUGUAUGUCUACGCUUAUUUCCAAGUGGGUGUGUUGGAAAAUGCAGGUUUGCUGGAAAUUUGAUUGUGAUCCAGAAUUAAUUAUUACACCUUUUAGGAAGCUAAAUGAAAACAUUACUAUCAUGAAGCUUUUUUUUUUCUCUGUCAUCAUCAGAGCCGGAGAUUGUUAGAAAUGUUUUGAAAACUGUAUCCAAACCCUUUAAUUUUUCCUCUAGCGCCAUCUUCAGGUGAAAAAUGUUAUUGUCCCCCUUUUUUUAAUUAUUUUUAUUUGCUGCACUUGUCACAUUCCCACCAGCCUGACCCGCCCCUUGUGUUUCCUGCUAAUUCACUUUUCAGCAUAAUAAGAAAACGUGGUGAACAUUAAGCUGAAAAAUCAGCAUUGUGAGUUUGUCGGCACGAUGGAGAUAAUCUGGAGUAGAUUAUGGACAGAUUGUGAAAUAAAUGUAUCCUGAAAUCGGAAGAGAAGUUUUCUGUAACACAUUAGAUAGGGCUCAGUCACAGGAACACUAAGUAUAUCAGAAACUUUAAUGGGAAUUUAGAUGUUCAGAAACUUCAACUGAAGGAUUUAUGCUCAAUAAAUGUAAGUGCAAGAAACUUGUGUAUGAUAAAAAAACAAAAAAACAACUCACAUGUGCCUACAAUAAAUGUGCCAAAAUGUUUCCACCCAGAACAGAUAUGAUUUCUCUCAUUUUUAUGUCCACGUCUCAUGCACCAUAACGUGACUUCGGUGUGUAAAUAUGAUCCUUGUUCAUGUUGCUUUCAUUUG